ACUGGUAGAAGCACCAACAGACUCGUCAAAGUCAAAAGUAAGCCGAUAGAUGUGAAUUAGUUCAGUCGGUGUCUGUCUGUCUGCAGAGGUGCUCGUGAAUUUAGCACCCCAAUCCCUAUUGCAAACGGAAACGGAAGAAGAGAAGAAGGGAGAGACCCCUGAGGGAAAGGGUAGUCGCGUGCGAUUAACGUUUUUUAAAUAUUCAAAUUGGAGUUUCAAAGAUUUACCGUUAAAAGUAAUAAUAGAAAUCUUAGAAGGGAAAACGGGAAAGAUUGCGGGCAAGUUGUGUCUGUUAGGGAUCACUGGACGAUCUGUCGAGUUCGCCAGCAUUCUCGUCUCACCUGCGAGGUGGCCUUUCGCAGGGGAGAGACAUCCGAGAAGCUGCAUACGCAUGUGUGUGUUGGAUUCUGCAGAACCAGUGAAUUCCGAUCGAUCCUCGUGGAAGUGCAAAGUGCGUGACUGACUCUGGACCAUUCUGUGCUACGUCACCAACUCCGAGAGGCAAGGAGUGAUAUUUUCUGUACGGGAUAGGGCGGGAAAGCCUGAAGUUGAUUUCCAACUGGAAGUCAUCAAUCUUCGCAAGUGAAAUUGCUCCAACCUCAACACCUUCCUCUCUCUCUCUCCCAAAGUGCGUUGGGUUUAAAUCAGUGUGCAAGAACCUAAGAUAGAGAAGAUCCGUGGCUAUUUCCGAGAGAGUGGCUGUUGGACAUAGAGGCUGGUGGAGGAGGUGUUCUUCACAAUAACACAAAAUCCACUGAAUUGUGCUGAUUGCACCUCGUCUAUGUGUGGGACAGUGUAAACUCCACAAUGUGGAGGAAAUGGAUGACAUACCAGCUGGUCAUAAUUGUAAUGUGGUUUUCCGAGACGAAUUUCGCGGGAAACUUCAAGAUCACGCACAAACCGUGCUCGGUGCGUCAGUUUGAGGGCACGUGCAUGUUCGUGUGGGAGUGCAUUAAGUCACGUGGACAGCACGUUGGCAUGUGCGUGGAUUCAUUCAUGUUUGGCUCGUGCUGCUCCCACAACAUCACGGCCGAGGACGUGAUCGUAUCCCAGAAGAUCACCUUCAUACCAAAUAAAUCUCCAACUGCCACAAAGAAGCCUCAAGUGUUCUCCAGUAAGCCCGUUACGUCAGCCAGUGGAAUGACAACAAUUCUUCGACCAAAUGGAGGUGGAAUGCUGGUUGUUCGUCCCUCAUUUCACAAGCCAAAUACAUUUCACACCACCAACACAUUAGCAGUCAACUACCCAAAUGUCGCUUUAAACACCAUCUCAGCGGUUAGUAACAGCGUAGCUCCCGAAGAGGAUAAUUCCGUACAGGACUCUUCGGAUCACAAGCCAUCGCAGCACUGGCAAUCGUCUACACAGCCAAGCUUCGUGACGAAUCCACGGCCAGCCAGUACCACGAUCAAAACAUUCCUGCCACAGAAGCACAAGACGAAACCCAGUAAGAAGCCAAUCUAUGCCACAACGGCUCCUCUAAAAGCCAGCACCACAAAAGCUACCCCACAUGCCCCGGCCAAGGGUAAACCAACGCCACAGCCUAGCCGGAAACCCACCACAACUACCAGAACACCAAGCACCAAGCCACCGAUUGACCGGAAUGCCACAGAACCAGAGAGUCGCAUCCUCACGAUAUCCGCUGCCAAAGGAGUAGAGUGUGGUGUUUCAUCUCUGUCCACGCGCUCCGAGACGCGAAUCGUGGGCGGGAAGAAUGCAGCGUUCGGGCGGUGGCCCUGGCAAGUGUCUGUGCGCCGGACGUCCUUCUUCGGCUUCUCCAGCACACAUCGCUGUGGCGGCGCCGUCCUGAACAAGAACUGGGUCACCACAGCUGGCCACUGUGUGGAUGAUCUCCUGACAUCGCAGAUUCGGAUACGAGUGGGCGAGUAUGAUUUCUCGCAUGUGCAUGAGCAAUUCUCGUAUGUGGAACGGGGGGCAUCUAAGAAGAUAGUCCAUCCCAAGUACAAUUUCUUCACCUACGAGUACGACCUGGCCCUAGUCAGACUGGAGUCACCGCUGGACUUUGAUCUGCAUAUCAGCCCUAUUUGCUUGCCGGCUACGGAUGAUCUGCUGAUCGGCGAGAAUGCAACUGUGACGGGCUGGGGGAGGCUUAGUGAGGGUGGGACAUUGCCAACAGUUCUACAGGAGGUCACAGUGCCCAUCGUGAGCAAUGACCGCUGCAAGACAAUGUUCCUGCGCGCCGGCCGCCACGAGUUCAUCCCGGAGAUCUUCCUGUGCGCCGGCCACGACACGGGCGGCCAGGAUUCCUGCCAGGGCGACUCGGGGGGACCGUUGCAGGUGAAGGCGCGCGAUGGGCACUACUUCCUGGCUGGCAUCAUUUCCUGGGGAGUGGGCUGUGCCGAAGCCAAUUUGCCUGGUGUCUGCACGCGCAUCUCCAAAUUUGUCCCAUGGAUCCUCGAGAAUUCCAUCUAAACUUCCUCCCUUGCCCUUCCCUACUUUGUUAUUCCUCUAGAGUAUUCCAAUAACGAGAGAACUUUUUUUUGAAUGAGAGACAAUGAUAUGAAUGAAAAUUGCUUUUGUGAUUUCAAAA